AUGAGCUCGCCGUCACCCCCGUCAUCAGAUCGAUCAGUUUCUCCUUAUGAAUCAUUCUCCCUUGUUCACGUGCCGUCCUCAACGCGUAGUCAUUCAACGUUUCGGUCAAGAAGUAAAAUGCAUGAAAUGGCUGUCAGACAAAAGCUGAUCACUGAUCAGGAUCCACGAGGGAACGGCUAUGUGCAGUUGUCAAAUGAGGAGAAGAAGACGUUGUUACAAGAAGGUUACACUAUACCAACACGUUUACCGUUGACGAAAGCUGAAGAGGAAGCGUUAAAAAUUGUGAGGCGAAAAAUUAAGAAUAAGGUCAAUAAUUUUUGCAAUACUGUUUAG